AUGCCUAAAAGAAAACAAAAUAUUGGAAAAAAUUCUUUACUAAAUAAAAGACAGAAAAAACUCAAGAAAACACAUCAAGUUGAAGAUGAUAUAAUAGAAGAAACAAAAAAAUCAUCAUCAAAUCAGAAACAAAUGAGUCAACGUACAGAAAGAAGAAAGUCCAAAAUGAAAAAAAAUUUAGAAAUGAAAGCAUUUAAUUAUGAUUGUAGUGACGUAUUUAAUAACGAUCAUCGUAUUUCUAUUGGUCUUAUGGAUAUUGAAUGUAAGUUUUGCAAAGCGUUAAAAUUUUAA